AUGGGGAGGUUCCUGCUGGGCGGCCGCGCCCCCCUGAUCGCCGUGGCCUCCUUCCCCGGCUCCGGCAACACCUGGCUGCGCUACGUCGUCGAGGUCCUGACGGGCGUGUUCACGGGCUCCGUCUACCACGACGAGGUGCUGGCCAUCAGAGGUUUCUGGGGCGAGCGCGACGGCUACCGGCAGGGCACCACGCUCCUGCAGAAGACCCACAGCUUCCCCCUUCUGCAGCACGAGGUGAAGGACGGCAUCUACAACGGGCAGGAGUUCCGGUUCCUGCUGCCGAAGGGCCCCCGCCGCGCCGUGCUCCUCCUGAGGAACCCGUGGGAGUCCCUGGUCGCCCUCAGGCACUUCCACGCGGCGGGGCACACGGGCUUCGGGAGCGGGAGUUACUUCAAGGAAGUGAGGGGCUGGGCGAACUUCACGGUGGAGCGAGCCGAGUUCUGGGUGAAGCUGAACGCGGCCUGGCUCGCCCUCCCCGACACCGACCUGCUCGUCGUCCACUACGAGCACUUGCAGCAUGACCUGGAGAAGGAGGCGGAGCGGCUAGUCAACUUCCUCGGGCUUCCCAUUGACUACGGCAGAGUUGAGUGCCUCGUUAGGUAUCCUGAAGGGAGAUUCCGUCGCCCGAAGUACCCCAAGCACCUGCAGGGCUACCGCUUCCCGACGAAGGCCGCCGAGAUCCUGAGGACGGGCAUGGGCCACCUCGACAACCUCCUGCGGCGGGGCGGCCACCCCUCCUUCCCAACCCACCUGUAUACCUUCACGCCCAUUGUGGCGGAUCCGCCCUUGCCAGUGGGUGGGAGGUGAAGGUAGAACAUCACUAUUUUAUUACAUCAUAUCAGUGAAGUGAGAAAAUGUGGAUCAUUUUGGGGGAAUGAUUAGAGAAGAAAAUUAAAGGGAUAGAAUGUGGAUCAGAUUUCGUGAAUUAAUAAUGAUGUCAGUAAUAAGAUGUGGAUCACAUUGUUUGGCUCUUUUUGAGGUUUCUUUGAAGGAACUCCCGAUAUAGCUCUUAGCAAACAUGUGAGUGUUUGUAUGUAUGCAUGUCUACUGUGUCUUUUUGUACUGUCAUAUAUAAAGGUCAAAGAAAGAAGUUGGUUUGCUUU